GGGUGAGUGGCAGGGGACAAGUGUGUUGGUCUAGCACUUUUCAAUCGACCAACCACCACACACACGGCUCAGCAUGGUCGUAUAUUAUGCCAAAAAGCACUCGCUGCUCCAAAUGCUCAAGCUGCAGUCGUCCACGUACGUCGCCAUGGAUGUGCAGACCACAUCGCUGGCCUUCCUCAACGACCGCACCGUGUAUUCGAUGAACCAGAUCUUGGACGCGUCCUGGUCCACGCACCGCACUGUGACCCUGCGCCUGACCAGCAACGACGGCCUCAUCACCAAGCAGAAGUUCCUGUUCGACUGCCAGGCCGAUCUGUUCUUUUUCCUCGUGGAGCUGGGGAUGGAGCCGAGUCAGUUUGGCGGCACGGUCCAACGAGGGGCGUUCACCAACCCCAUCGGCGGCACGGGCUUUCGCAAGAGCUACUCCAAUCGAAGCCACCACCGAAGCCCUCGGAAAAGCAGCUCCAAGAGCGAUUAUUAUUAGAGCCAGCCUCGCCACAUUAUUUAGUUUAUAUUUAGUUUUAAGUUAUACGCAUAUAUGGCAUCCAUGUCUUCACA